GGCUGUGACAGAGAGAGGGAGCCAAGAGAGACACAACAGGGAGAGAGAGAGAGAGAGAGAGCGAGAGAGAGCGAGAGACUACGAUCGGAUGCCAGCGAGAGAGCGCUGCUUGUGAAUUUCCUUAGUUGUCAUGGGCCCUCGGGGGUCGAUCGAGUGGCACCGCUGACUCACAGAGGACGGGACCGAAGGCUCACGAAGAAGCCGGGGAAGGGGGGGUGGGGGGAGGAAAGAAGAAAGAAAAAAAAAGAGAGAGAAAUACAAGUGACAAGAAGUAACUAAGGACAACGAGGCUUUUAUAAACAACGCGAGAGAGACAGAGAGCGAGGGUUCACGAGAUCGCCCCAAAAUCCAUCCGUCCGCCAGCGGGCGACCCCGUCCGGUCCGGUCUACAGAAGUGAGCGAGGGCCACGGACAUGAAGAGGCCCCACGACUACAGCUCCCCAGACUCGGACACGGACGAGUUCAUCGACGUGGGACAAGAGGACGGCUACUGCCCAGGCACCGGGUCCAUGUCUCCAGGCAGCGCCUCGCAGGUUCUGGCCCGAAAGAAGAGAAGAGGGAUCAUAGAGAAGAGGCGCAGGGACCGGAUCAACCACAGCCUGUCGGAGCUCAGGAGGCUGGUGCCCAGUGCCUUCGAAAAACAGGGCUCAUCUAAGCUGGAGAAGGCAGAGAUCCUGCAGAUGACCGUGGACCACCUGAAACUCCUCCACGCCAUGGGAGGAAAAGGUUACUUUGAUGCGAGGGCCCUGGCAGUCGACUACAGGACGCUGGGCUUCAGGGAGUGCGUCGGGGAGGUGGUGCGGUACCUGAGCGCUCCUGACGGAGAGUCCCCGGACCCCGUCGAAGCGCGCCUCGUCUCCCACCUCUCUCACUGUGCGAGCAACCUCGAACCCGUCCUCUUACAGACGCCCCCGGCGGCGGCGUCCGCCCUGCCCUUUCCUCCAUGGCCCUGGGCGUCCUUCCCCCAGAUCUCCCCCAACUCGCCGGCCUCCUCUUCCUCCUCAAGCCCUUUCCCCAGGGGGCGAAGGGAUCUGGCCCUGCUGGGGAGCUACCCGCCGCCCGCCGCCCUCCGCCUCGGCCCCCUGGCCGGCUGCCACCAGGGAGUGCCGCCGCUCCUGGCGCCUGCCGCCCUGGCCACCGUCCACAGGUUGCCUUCCCUCGCAGCGUCGCCGGUCCUAGCCCCCUCCGGAGCAGGCCAGUCGUCUCCUCACAGCGCCACCAGGGCCUCGCCCCGUCCCCUCGCAACCCCUUCCUCUUCCUCUACUUCCACCUCUUCCUCUUCUCCUAUUUCAUCAUCAAUUUCUGCCCCGCCGCAGGUCUCUUUCAGGCCCUUCGGGUCUCCCGCCGCUCAGCGCAGGGGCUUGAGCGCACAAGCCAAGGCAGCCCAGGGAUGGGCGACUGAGAUCGGAGCUUUCUGAGAGUCAACUGUGGGGAUUUUUUUCUUUUCCAAAUGAACUCCAUCGAGGGACAUGGAGCCCCCAUGUGCCCCCAUGUAGAAAUUAGAAAGAGGGUUGGAGAAAGAUGUAGGGGAGCUUUGAUGGUUGUCUAACUAUAAGUCACAUCUGUGACUGUGGGGGGAAGUUUCAGAUAAUCAUAAACAAUCACGUGCAAAAGGAAAAUGAAAAAAAGUGAAAUAAUAGAAGAUUUGAAUAAAUUCUUGUUCAUGGUCUCUUCUCAACAAAAAAGUGUCUAACAAAGCCAUAACGCUCGACGAAGCGUCUUUUAACUGUGAUAUUUUUUUUCUCCAAAACGUUUAUACAUUUCACUACAUUUUUUUUAAAGAAUGUUGAAAACUCUCUAUAAAAACUAAGUGCCUUUA